CUAAUUGGAAAUUGGAAUUGAUUCUUUCUUAUCCAAGUCAUGAAACCAAAACAGUGACAAAAGACAACAUAUUACAUACCCUAAAUUUAAAAGUAUAAAAUUCGCAUACAUUUCAUUUUUGUAAACUCUCAAAAAAUCUUCAUCUCUAUCUUCUGGAAUCUGCAACUGUAACACCUCUUUCACAACUCUUAUCACACAUAUCUCUAUAAUGGCAGGAAUUGGACCAAUUACUCAAGAUUGGGAGCCUGUGGUCAUUCGCAAGAAGGCUCCCAACGCUGCCGCCAAGAAGGAUGAGAAAGCCGUCAACGCCGCUCGUCGUGCUGGCGCCGAUAUCGAAACUAUUCGAAAAGCGACUGCUGGAACAAAUAAAGCUGCAUCUAGCAGCACUUCACUGAACACUCGGAAGCUGGAUGAUGAAACCGAGAAUCUUGCCCAUGAUCGAGUUCCAACUGAAUUGAAGAAGGCCAUCAUGCAAGCACGAAUGGAUAAAAAACUCACCCAAUCUCAACUUGCUCAGUUGAUCAAUGAGAAGCCGCAGAUUAUACAGGAAUAUGAAUCAGGAAAGGCCAUUCCAAACCAGCAGAUCAUCGGAAAAUUGGAGCGUGCUCUUGGGGUGAAACUGCGUGGGAAGAAGUAGAAGUGAAAAAGAACUCAGAAAUUUUACCGUUCCUUAUAAGACAAACUGUUCCGUCACAAACUGUUCUGUCAAACUAUUCCGUCGCAAACUGUUCCGUCUAAUGUGUCAGUGGAGUUUGAAGCUGAUUUAAAUGACUCUGAAUGUGAUGGUUGCUUCUGUAUAAACAUGUGGCUUGGAUUAAAUCUAUGGAUAUGAAUAAGACUAUGGAUGGAUGCUUUGAUCUUUUGUUCCUUUCCUUGCCACAAUAUGUUUGAUUGGAUGUUUUCUAUGGAAUCGUUGCCUUUUGUGUAUGAA